AUGGGCUUAGUAGAUUAUUCUGAAUCAUCGGGGUCGGAGGACGAAGCGCCCGUCAAGCCGACCGUCGCGAAGCCCACAUCUACUGGCACGAAGAAGCCGUUCCAGAAAGUCGUCGACAGGUCGAAGCCAGGCAAGAUUGUUGUCAAUCUACCAUCGGCGCAAACCGAAGAACCCAAACCUUCGAACGAGGAGCCCCCAGCGAAGCGUGCAAGAACAGGGAAGAGUGGCUUGUUCAGCGGUUUCAACUCGUUCUUACCGGCACCCAAGAACGCCGCAAAGGCCGCCGCCCCGGCGCAAAGCAGCACCUCGCGUCCGGCAUUCCAGUUGAAGACCGGAGCCGAGCCUGGUUUCAGUCGUGAUAGAGGCGAUGGCGAGGGAUCGAGCGCGGGCGAUAGCGGCUUCAGCUUGCCAGCGCCCAAGGCUACACCGCAACCAACGAUACCGGAUGGCAUGAAGCCGGCGGAUGAAGUGAAAUUGGUUGGGAAGCCGAUGAUGUUCAGACCUUUAUCUGUCGCAAGGAAAACAAAGAAGAAGACGACGGGUUUGGCCACAGCAGCUACUCCAAAGGCCGAGCCAGCGAAGACGGAGACCAAGGAAACGCUGGCCCCCGCGGCAGCGCCAGCGCCAGCGCCGGCACCGAAGAAGGUCUCCCUUUUCUCAAUAGAGCCGGAAGAGACGUUGACAGAGGAGACCACCACGGUUACCAGUGGUGCAUACGAACCACUCUUCGAGACGGUACAAACGGACGAGUCAAAUGGCUACGCGGAUUACGGCGCGCAUGGAAACUACCCAGUACCAUCAACAGCACCCGCCGGCGGAAACUCCCUCGAUGACAUUGCCGAUGAUUUAAAUCUAUCCGCGGCAGCGCGACGCGAACUAUUUGGCAGACAAAAAGGAGGCCAGCAAACAGCGUCGAGGGUUAUCAACUUUAACACAGACGAGGAGUACAAGCACAACGAGGAGCUCAGGGCCGCUGGUCAACAGCAGAUCCACAACCCCGUGCGAUCCAUCGCACCAGGCAAGCACAAUCUGCGGCAACUUGUCAACGCUGUGCAGAACCAGCGUGAGGCUCUUGAGGAUAGUUUUGCCAAAGGCAAGAAUAAUAGGAAGGAGGCAUCGAACCGAUACGGUUGGUAG